UGGACGCAAACGACCAUGAAAGCCUGGGUUCUCUCUCUCCCCGGCUCUGCUGCUGCCGCCGCCGCCGCCGCCGCCGCCGCUCCUCCUCCUGCUGCCGCCGCCGGGAGGGCUCCUCUGUGAGGGGAAGCAGGGGCGCAGCUGCUGGGCGUGAACCCGAGAGGUGAGAGCCAGCGAGCCGGCGAGCCGGCGAGGGGCCGGGCAGGCCACGAAGAUGUCCUCGGCCGUGGGGCCCCGCGGUCCUCGCCCACCCACGGUGCCUCCCCCCAUGCAAGAGCUGCCCGACCUGAGCCACCUGACCGAGGAAGAGAGGAACAUUAUCAUGGCAGUGAUGGACCGGCAGAAGGAAGAGGAGGAAAAAGAAGAAGCCAUGCUCAAGUGUGUUGUCAGGGACAUGGCGAAGCCUGCUGCCUGCAAAACACCAAGAAAUGCUGAAAACCAGCCCCACCAACCUUCACCGAGAUUGCAUCAACAAUUUGAAAGCUAUAAAGAACAAGUGAGAAAAAUAGGGGAAGAAGCACGGCGUUACCAGGGAGAGCACAAAGAUGAUGCUCCGACUUGCGGAAUCUGUCAUAAGACAAAGUUUGCUGAUGGGUGUGGCCAUCUCUGCUCCUACUGCCGCACCAAGUUCUGUGCUCGCUGUGGAGGCCGUGUGUCUCUGCGAUCCAACAACGAGGACAAAGUGGUUAUGUGGGUAUGCAAUUUAUGUCGAAAGCAACAAGAAAUCUUAACCAAAUCUGGGGCAUGGUUCUUUGGAAGUGGCCCUCAGCAGCCAAGUCAGGAUGGAACCCUAAGUGAUACAGCUACAGGUGCUGGUUCUGAGGUACCAAGAGAAAAGAAAGCACGGCUCCAAGAGCGAUCACGGUCUCAGACACCCCUGAGCACGGCAGCUGCCUCCUCCCAGGACACUGCUCCUCCCAGCGCACAACCAGACAGGAGCAAGGGGGCUGAGUCCUCACAGCAAGCUGUGGGGCCUGAACAGAAGCAGGUUUCAUCCAGGUCUAGAAGUGAACCUCCAAGAGAGAGGAAGAAGACUGCGGGGCUCUCUGAGCAGAAUGGCAAGGGAGCCCAGAAGAGCGAGCGGAAACGCGUGCCCAAGUCCUCCGUGCAGCCUGGAGAGGGGGCCGCGGAAGACCGGGAGCGGAAAGAAAGGCGGGAAAGCCGAAGGCUCGAGAAAGGGCGGUCACAGGACUUCCCGGACGUGCCGGAAAAACGAGAGGACCGCAAAGCGGCGGAAGAUGAGAAGCAAAGGAAAGAGGAGGAGUACCAGACCAGGUACCGCAGCGACCCGAACCUGGCGCGGUACCCGGUGAAACCGCCGCCCGAGGAGCAGCAGAUGCGCAUGCACGCCCGGGUGUCCCGCGCGAGGCACGAGCGGCGCCACAGCGACGUGGCGCUCCCGCGCACCGAGGCGGGCGCCCCGCCGCCCGACAGCAAGGCCGGCAAGCGCGCGCCGGCCGCCGCCAGGGCCUCGCCGCCCGAUUCGCCGCGGGCCUACUCGGCCGAGAGGACCGCGGAAGCCAGGGCGCCGGGCGCCAAGCAGCUCACGAACCACAGCCCGCCGGCACCCAGGCAUGGGCCGGUCCCCGCAGAAGCCCUGGAGCCCAAAGCCCAGGAGCCGCUCAGGAAGCAGAGCCGCCUGGACCCCAGCUCGGCCGUCCUCAUCAGGAAGUCCAAGCGCGAGAAGGUGGAGACCAUGCUGCGGAACGACUCCUUGAGCUCCGAUCAGUCCGAGUCGGUGCGGCCGUCUCCGCCCAAGCCGCACCGGUCCAAGAGGGGCGGCAAGAAGCGGCAGAUGUCGGUGAGCAGCUCCGAGGAGGAGGGCGUGUCCACGCCGGAGUAUACCAGCUGCGAGGACGUGGAGCUCGAGAGCGAGAGCGUCAGCGAGAAAGGUGAUUUGGAUUAUUACUGGUUGGAUCCUGCUACGUGGCAUAGCCGGGAAACAUCACCUAUUAGUUCGCAUCCUGUAACGUGGCAGCCAUCUAAAGAAGGAGACCGAUUAAUUGGACGUGUUAUUCUUAACAAGAGAACAACCAUGCCCAAAGAAUCAGGUGCAUUACUGGGUCUGAAAGUUGUUGGAGGAAAAAUGACUGAUUUAGGACGUCUUGGUGCCUUCAUCACCAAAGUAAAGAAGGGUAGCCUUGCAGAUGUAGUUGGACACUUGAGAGCAGGGGAUGAAGUUCUAGAAUGGAAUGGUAAACCCCUGCCGGGAGCUACAAAUGAAGAAGUUUACAACAUUAUUUUAGAAUCAAAAUCAGAACCUCAAGUUGAAAUUAUUGUUUCAAGGCCUAUUGGUGACAUUCCACGGAUUCCUGAGAGCUCCCAUCCUCCACUGGAGUCCAGUUCAAGUUCCUUUGAGUCUCAGAAGAUGGAAAGGCCUUCCAUUUCUGUUAUUUCUCCAACAAGUCCUGGAGCUCUAAAAGAUGCCCCACAAGUCUUGCCAGGACAACUUUCUGUGAAGCUGUGGUAUGAUAAAGUGGGACACCAGCUGAUUGUAAAUGUUCUGCAAGCAACAGAUUUACCUACUAGAGUAGAUGGGCGUCCCAGGAAUCCCUAUGUGAAAAUGUAUUUUCUUCCAGAUAGAAGUGACAAAAGCAAAAGGAGGACCAAAACAGUAAAGAAAGUCCUAGAACCAAAAUGGAAUCAAACAUUUGUCUAUUCACAUGUACAUCGUAGAGAUUUUAGAGAACGGAUGUUAGAAAUAACUGUGUGGGAUCAACCAAGAGUACAAGAAGAAGAGAGUGAAUUUCUUGGAGAGAUCCUCAUAGAAUUGGAGACAGCACUUUUAGAUGAUGAGCCACAUUGGUAUAAACUUCAGACACAUGAUGAAUCCUCACUACCUCUGCCUCAGCCAUCACCAUUCAUGCCAAGGCGACACAUUCAUGGAGAAAGCUCUAGCAAAAAACUACAAAGAUCUCAGCGAAUCAGUGAUAGUGACAUCUCAGAUUAUGAGGUUGAUGAUGGUAUUGGAGUAGUUCCUCCAGUAGGUUAUAGGUCUAGUGCUAGAGAAAGUAAAUCUACAACAUUAACUGUGCCAGAACAGCAAAGAACAACUCAUCACCGCUCACGUUCAGUAUCUCCUCACCGCGGCGAUGAUCAGGGAAGGCCGCGUUCACGUUUACCAAAUGUGCCAUUACAGAGGAGUUUAGAUGAAAUUCAUCCUACAAGAAGGUCACGUUCUCCAACUAGACACCAUGAUGCCUCCCGAAGUCCAGUUGAUCACAGAUCCAGAGAUGUGGAUAGUCAGUAUUUAUCAGAACAAGACAGUGAGCUUCUUAUGCUGCCCAGAGCAAAACGAGGACGAAGUGCAGAAUGCCUACAUACAACCAGACAUUUUGUUAGGCACUAUAAAACAUUACCGCCUAAGAUGCCUUUGUUAGAGAACGGUUCUCACUGGAAUAUUUACAGUGAACUGCAGCCCUCUCUUGACAGGGCUAGGAGUGCUAGUACCAACUGCUUGAGACCAGAUACUAGUUUGCAUUCACCAGAACGAGAAAGGCACUCCAGAAAGUCUGACAGAUCUAGCAUCCAAAAACAGACUAGGAAAGGCACUGCCUCUGAUGCAGAAAGGGUUCUCCCACCAUGCCUUUCUAGAAGGGGAUACGCAGCCCUAAGAGCGACUGAUCAGCCAGUCCUUAGGGGAAAACAUCCCGCUCGCUCAAGGUCGAGUGAGCACUCUAGUGUCAGAGCACUGUGUUCUACCCACCACCUUGCCCCUGGAGGGUCGGCGCCACCUUCUCCGCUUCUGACAAGAAUGCACAGACAAGCAAGUCCAACCCAUCCUCCUCCUUCAGACACAUCCUUCAGCAGUCGGAGGGGACGACAGCUCCCACAGGUGCCAGUGAGAAGCGGCAGUAUAGAACAAGAACAAGAAAAAUAUAACUCUUCCACAAAAGCAAGCUUAGUAGUGGAGGAGCGAACAAGACAGAUGAAAAUGAAAGUCCAUCGAUUUAAGCAGACAACAGGGUCUGGUUCUAGUCAAGAACUUGAUCGCGAGCAAUAUUCCAAGUAUAGCAUACAUAAAGAUCAGUACAGAAGCUGUGAUAACGUCUCUGCCAAAUCAUCAGAUAGUGAUGUCAGUGAUGUGUCCGCCAUUUCCCGAACCAGCAGUGCCUCACGCCUCAGCAGCACAAGCUUUAUGUCAGAGCAAUCUGAGCACCCCAGGGGUAGAAUCAGUUCAUUUACCCCUAAAAUGCAAGGCAGACGGAUGGGGACUUCAGGAAGAGCCAUCACAAAGAGCACCAGUGUGAGUGGGGAGAUGUACACACUGGAGCAUAAUGAUGGCAGUCAGUCCGACACGGCUGUGGGUACAGUUGGAGCAGGUGGAAAGAAAAGGAGAUCCAGCCUGAGUGCCAAAGUGGUUGCCAUAGUAUCUAGAAGGAGUAGAAGCACAUCCCAACUAAGCCAAACAGAAUCAGGCCACAAGAAGUUAAAAAGUACCAUCCAGAGAAGCACAGAAACAGGAAUGGCAGCUGAAAUGAGGAAGAUGGUAAGGCAACCAAGUCGAGAGUCUACUGAUGGCAGCAUCAACAGUUACAGCUCCGAGGGAAACUUAAUAUUUCCUGGAGUACGACUAGGAGCAGACAGUCAAUUCAGUGAUUUUCUUGAUGGAUUGGGACCAGCUCAGCUAGUUGGCCGUCAAACCCUUGCCACCCCUGCAAUGGGUGACAUACAAAUUGGAAUGGAGGAUAAAAAGGGCCAAUUAGAAGUUGAAGUUAUUAGAGCACGAAGUCUCACGCAAAAACCUGGUUCCAAGUCUACACCUGCUCCAUACGUCAAAGUAUAUCUUUUGGAAAACGGGGCCUGUAUAGCCAAAAAGAAGACAAGAAUUGCACGAAAAACCCUUGAUCCUUUAUAUCAACAGUCCCUGGUUUUUGACGAAAGUCCGCAGGGUAAAGUUCUUCAGGUGAUCGUCUGGGGGGACUAUGGCAGAAUGGACCAUAAAUGCUUUAUGGGUGUGGCACAGAUCUUGCUGGAAGAACUUGAUCUCUCCAGUAUGGUAAUUGGAUGGUACAAGUUGUUCCCACCAUCAUCCCUGGUGGAUCCCACACUCACUCCCCUGACCCGCCGGGCUUCCCAGUCAUCUCUGGAAAGUUCAACUGGUCCUCCCUGCAUCCGCUCAUAGUGAACUCAUACAAGAGUCAUUCCAGUGAAACUCUACCUUUCAGGAUAAUAAUCUGAACCAGAUAUUUCAUGAUCAAAAGCAUUGUUGGAGACAGACAAUCAACUUGUGUUUUGCCUGUAGUAGUUUUCAAUAAUAUGUCCCACUUGUUGUUUAGAACCUGGCUUCAUAUGACAGAACAAGACAGUCUAUCAAAUUAUAGUAAGAGUCAACAUGCUAGUGAGAGUCACUGAUGCUUCGAGCAAACAGAAAAAGAGGAAACGUCAAAUACACACACACAAACACACACACACAUACACACACGCGCGCACCCCAAAUUGAACAAACUGGAAACUCUCACUCUGAAAAGUUGUAUUUUACACAUUUCUGCACAGACCACAAGCAGUGUUAUUUCCUUGGUGUUUGAGAAAUUUUGUUCUUCUGUGUGUUUUAUUUGUGUAUUAUUUGUUGGGUUUUGGUUUCUUGAUCUGUUUUGUUUUAUUUUUCACUGUAUUUGUUAUUUCCACUAGUUUUUGGAUAUGUCAUGACAGGCCUCAUGAUGCUUACAAAGACCUUUCCUUUCUUUUCCCAAAAGCACCAAAAAAGGGCUGAAGCAGUCUCUGUGGCAUCUCCCCAAAGUGUUCAACAACUAGGCAAGAUGAGGCCAAUGAAGGGUUUCACUGGCUUUCAUUUUAUAAUACUUCAGUCUUAUGUGUGGAAACCCAGAAAACAAAAAGUUAUCUUCUAAAACAAAUAAUCAUAGAAUCACUUUUUUUAACGAAUAAUCUGUUUACAUUCUCAAAAAUUAAUUUAUGUUUUCCAUUGUUCUCCAUGGAAGAUUUUUAAAGAAGUCAACCUGCAACAAAUGCUGGGAAUUAAAACUAACCACAUAACUGUACUUUGGAAACUCUCCUCAUAAUAACUUCUUCUUUCUGAUAUCCCCCCAAAAAAGUAUAUGCUCAUGUGUAUAAACCAUACUUUUGACUCCCCAAAAUGGUGACUAAAAACUAGAAACAGAUUUGAGCUGAAAACACUUACAGUUAUGCCCAGGCCUCUCGGCCAUGUCUCCACGUAGACAUACCCAUCUGCCCCAGAAAGAGCAUGGUAUGAGCUGUCCAGUAUUCCACUGGAAAUUCCAGUUGAAAUAUUCUGCACUAAAGUGAUGUUUUUAUCAAAUUUUAGUUUACAUUUCUUUGAGAUCGAUGCAAGCACAAAGCUUGAUUUUUUAAUGCAAAGUAUCUUACUUCUGGGGUGGGGGGAAUAAAACAGUCAAAUUUCAACUUGCAUUUUCUUCAUUUGAGUUUUUCUUGGCCUUGAAUUUCCCUUGUGACAUUCUAUAUAAGUGCUACAAACUGCAGACUCUGCAGAUGCAUUGAUAUGUUCUCCCUCCUUUUAUGAGUCAUUCAGUUUUUGUGAUCACACAAAUAGAGCAGCAUGACUUGGAACUGUUCAAAGCUGCAUGCACGUUUUGUAAAAAAAAAAAAGAAAAAAUAAAAAAAAGAAGAAGAAAAAGAAAGGAAAAGAAAGAAAAAGAAUAAAGAAAAGAAAAAAUGAAAAAAAAAGGUUAUUUAAUAAUGUAUGUUAGUUCCACCUUAGGCCAGCUUGUAUGUUGCAUGUACUUGUACAGUUUGCUCGUUAAUUACUCUACUGAAAUAACCAAGAAAUCUAAGCCAUCCAUUUUUGUUAUAGACAUUUUGCAGGUUUUAGCCAUACUCCGUCUGUGAGUUUGGGGUGAAAUGUCUAUAGAUGGACUUUAUUUUUUACCCUCUGGAAAAUGUGAUGUAGUAUGGACCAAAUUCCUUCUAAUUAAUAUUUUGGUGUAGAUUCCUACCGUGGGGCUGUACCACAUGUAGACACUGUGUUACACACUAGGUUUUAAUCCAUAGACAUACUGCCUGCACCAAGUGAAUUAUUUAUUAUUAUUUACACAUACCAGAAUUAUCUGCCCAUCAUUCCACAGGGCACAGAUUGACCACUAUACUCACCAUGCUGAGCAGGAAGAACUGAAGCAUUGGUGCACUUCUACUAGAUUCCGUUCUGUCUUAGUGGCCAACAAUCAACUAAUUAUAAUUGGGUAGUAUCUUUCUAUUUUGACCACUUGUCUUAACACUCCCCUGUGCUUUUAAAAUGAACAACUCAUGUAUGUAAACAUGUUUAAUAAAAUUUACUUUUCAUGUCAGUUGGUAGCCAUCUGUGUUCUAUGUUUUGCCAGAUUUCCAUUGUGGGUUCUAUGGUACAAAAUGGGAGCCAGAUCAUGGGAAAGGGAGGCUGAGAUUUGUUGUCUGCUGUGGGCAUUUGACUUGACUUGUCACUGCACUAUAUCUGUCUUAAUCUAUGCCCAAAGGGUACUUUGCAUCACAUACAAGUUUUCACUUUGUUAGCCUGUCUAAGUGAACACAUGACUAUACUUCUGAAAAGUGGCAUUAUUAAAAACAAUAA